AUGAUUCCACCGAAUACUUCGCUGGUGAAAUAUGACAAUCCAGUUCUUGUAAGCAGGAACACAGACAAGAAAUCACCAAGGGUAAGUUGAUAUCUUUCAAAUAUGGCGUCGUCACGCUGAUCAUUUACAUGUUGAACAGUUUGUUUCCAAGUUGUUCCGCUUGAAAUUUCGAGUUUUGCUGUCCUGAAUAUAGUAAAGAAUAGUGUUAUUUUUACUUCUAAAGUUUUUAAGAAAGGUUACGCACGGUUUUUGACUUCGUAAUAAAGUUAAAUACAAUAAAAAUUGUGAAGAUAAUGCGGACCUUUAGAUGUAACUUUGUAAUUUAUUUUAAUAAAUUGUUGAAAGAGACCUUCUUUCUGUCUGUAGGCUCGUUCCCUAAAAGUUAGCCAACAGCAGGGUUCAGGAAAUGCUGGGGCAGGACCAGUUCCUCAGCCACCUCGAACCAAUAAACUUCCACCAAUGGAUGCACAGAAAAAUCAACAGACGGAUGAGAUACUCAAUGCUAUUUUGCCACCCAGGUUGGGCCUGACUAGUAAUUUUAAAAUAAGUAUGAUAUCUUAAGUGCAUCAGCUUGGUUCAAAUAAUCAAUUGAUACUCAAGGAUAAACUUUUGUUAAGUUUAUCUGAAUACCUAGAAUGGGAAUGUGAAUAUGGGGAUAAAUACACUUACAUAAUGGCAACUGCAGAAAUUGAAAUGUAAAUGAAGAUAAUUAUGCCUCACGCAGUUGUAAUAGCAAUGUAUUUUCUCAGGGAUGGUUCAGGGAGGGAGGGGGGGUUCGAAAGGAUUUAAACGAACAGAUUCCACAUGAGCGUUUUGGUACUCCUUUAACUAAGCUAUGCGUGAAGACUAAUCACUGUACAUUGGUAGCCUGUGAGCAAGCUCUUUAAUCAUGGCAAGUAUAAAGUGAAGUUUGUAAGGUUGUACUUUCAAUGUCACCAAAUACUUAUUAGUAAGUUUUUAUUGCUAUGUUAUGACAGAGAGUGGACAGAAAAUGGACAGUUAUGGGUACAACAGGUGUCUAGCACUCCAGCCACAAGAUUAGAUGUUGUCAAUCUGCAGGUACAUACACAUACUCUUACUCUUAUAAAAUUCAUGAAGGACGUUGGAAAUUUAACUCUUUCAAAGUUAUGCAAUAUUAUUGUUGUAAUUCUGACGCUUACUCUUUGACCUCAUCAUCAAUUUGGGUAUUGUACCUUUAACAAGAAAGUUUUGUCAAACUUUGUUUUUUUGUUUUUUUGUUGUUUUUUUCUUCAGUUAAAAUUCUAUUGCAUGUUAUUGUGAAAUAAUUUUAAUUUCAGCUUAUGUCAAUGUAAACUUACUGUGUUUAGGAGCAACUUGACAUGCGUCUUCAACAGCGACAAGCUAGGGAAACAGGAAUCUGUCCCGUUAGGAGAGAGCUUUACUCACAAUGCUUUGGUGAGUUUUUAUGUUAUUGUUUUAUACUGUAAAUGUUAUUUUAUAGUGUGUCAAAUUUGUCACAGUCAAGUCUUUCUAUUAUAAGAGUGAAGACUGGCACCGCAAAAGAACUGAAGUGUCCGCAUGGCCUAUAGGAGAUUGCUAGAAUGAAUCUCACUCCACAGUCAAUGAAAAUUAUUUAAGAAUAGCCGGGUUCAACUCUAGCUGUGGGAUGGUGUCCAACUAAAUGUACUCUACAGACAAGCCUUCUUAUUAUUAUAGACACCAAAGGGGCAGAACCUUGUGUUCCCUUUCUAGAGCUGACAGUCUGUAUUAGAUACUCAGGAACCUAGCAAGUAUGCAAGGAUGUGCAGUAAAAUUGUGGAGUUGUCCCUAAGCCAUUUUUUUCUAGUAUUAAGUAAUAAAGCUACAAUCCUGGACAAAAGUCCUUGGGACAGUAAGUCUGCAAUAUUCCUAUUUUUCUGUUAUUUCUCAGUUCCCUCUCAAAACAGUGCAUCAUUUUCGAAAUUUUCUUGCAGUUCUCCCUCCCCCUACCCUAUACAAAGUUGAAACUCAGAAAAAAUUCUGGAUACACACGUCCAACAUUGUUUGUGGGCCGGGAGGGGUUGGACCUGUGUAAAUUGGAAAACGCCCCAGAAAUGCAAGUGUCUCAAGGAUUUUUGUCCAUGAUUGUAGUUACUAUCUCUGCAACUCUAAAAUUCAUAAUAUUAAAUUAAGAGUGAUUAUAGUCUAUGCAUAGAGAGGCACUUUAAUAGACCAUGUCUUGUAUUCUAUCCAUUUUAGAUGAGCUGAUUCGCCAGGUGACAAUUAACUGUGCAGAGCGUGGUCUUCUAUUGCUGAGGUAUGUUUAUAUGCAUUACUGUUCUGAAAAAUUGAACGAAGUCCUUUUUGUUGAGUAUAAAGUUCAAUAUAUUUUGGUUUGAAGAUUCUUCGAUGGCAAGUUAGAAUAGAAAUUUUUAUAAUGUAUGGAAUAAGAUGUGAUCUAUCAAUAUAAAUAUAUAAGCUGGCCUUUAUGUGAGGCUGAUAUCUGGUUGAUUGCUGUGAGUCGCCAGGUUAGCGGCACACUAAUCUUUGGGUAUCCUGUGGUUUCUUAGGUAGUUCCUGCCAUUAUUUAGGUAUUAAAUAAUACAAUCUGGAUAAAUUUAUUUAUAAUGUUUGUCAGGAUGAUUUUUAGCAAUUAUGUCUGUCAUCAAUGCCAUCAUAACUCAAUUUGAAAAGCCGGGAAGUUAUUUUGGUUUUAAUUUUCUUUUGUUUCAACCCAUGGAGGUAUAGCUGCUCCUAGUAGCUGGAAGAUAUUCCCAGGCCCCAGCCCUUAGCGAUGGUAACCUGUCAAUGCAAUAUAUUUUUUGUUUUUGUGGCAGAGUGCGUGAUGAGAUAAGAAUGACCAUUGCUGCUUACCAGACUUUGUAUGAGAGCAGGUGGGUGCAGACUUAUAAAGCUUUUAUCCCUUUAAUAUAGUGGCCAAGUUUAACAAAAUGCAAAUAAAAAACAAUUCUUCCUGUCUUUCUCUCUUUUUUUUUUUAAGUUUUUUUUAAUCCUAAGAAGUUGGUUCUAUGCAAAAGCUCUACCAUGUCAACAGAUUUAAAAUUGACAGUAGAGUGACAAAAUAAUAAUCAUUCCAUAAUGUGGUUUAGGACAGAAGGGUUAAUACCUGUAGUUGAUAUGUAGCACAAUAUGAUUUAUUUCACAUUUCUCAUUUUCUAAAAAGUAGUUGUUUAAUACUAGAAGGGUUUACAUGGCUGUUAUUAAGAUUCGCGGGGGCUGGGGAUUUCCCUCGGCUACUAUGAAUGUAGUUCCCGGAUACUUUCACUGGAAAAUAGCAGAAACAUGGAACCAAACGAAAUCCCUAGCUGUUUGAUUCCCUGCCUACUUGUUGUAUUUACCCGGCAACUUGAAAUCUUAGUAUAGUGACAACCCUUGGUUUAAUUAAAAUAAUAAUAAUAAGAUAGGAGAAAGUGUUAAGUUCCUAAGGCUUAAAUAUACCAUGAGGUUUUUGAGUUAGACCCCGAACACUGACCCUAAUGUGGAUGUUGUCAAACCAAGCAGUCAGGACCAGUGCACCUGUAGUUUUUUAAGCAUUUCUGUUUGGGUGUCCUGUGGUUGGUUUUAGAGGGUGUUUAAUGAGCUGGUAGGUCAUGUUUACAAUUAAUUUUCUUGUAGUGUUGCAUUUGGCAUGAGGAAAGCUCUUCAAGCAGAGCAAGGGAAAGCAGAUAUGGAAAGAAAGGUUUGUCAAAGAGUGCUAGUACUACAUAAUUUUUUAACACUACAAUGCAGUUUGAAACUACAAUGAAAAUGCUCCAGUCAGUUUUGGUUGCACGUGAAAUAUAUAAAUGCCACUUCGAAAACACCAUGAUGUUCUCAAAUGACCUUCUGGCUAGUGGUUCAUGUAAACUUGAUGCUCUCGUUAUUUUAUUUCCUCAAACAGCGCAUGCAAGUGCCAAUUUCCAGAAAUACGCUCAAGUAUUUAAAUUUGGACAAACUGAAGCAUUACAUCACGUGCAAAUCGUACACAAAAGUUAAUUCAAAAGUAAGGUUUACAUGAAGCACUCACCAAACGGCAACAUUUAAGAAUAUUAUGGUAUUUUUUAAGUGGCCUAUAACAUUCAAUGAACCCUUAAAUAAACAAAUAACUAAAUAAAUCUAUUAACCCAUAGAUUCAAGAACUUGAAGGUGACAAAAGAGACCUUGAAAGGCAAGUCAAUGAACUGAAAGCCAAGUGUGAUGCUAUUGAGAAACGUGAGGCUGAAAGAAGGGCAGUAGACGAGAAGAAACAUGCGGAGGAAAUUACGUUCUUAAAGAAGAACAACCAACAGCUUAAGGUACCAUCAAUACUGUGAAUCCCAUCAAUACUGUGAAUCCCAUACAUCCGUAUGUCGCGCGCAAUAAACUUACUUUUUUCUUUCAGACCCAGCUGGAAGGCAUCAUUGCUCCAACAAAGAAGUAGCUUUCAAUGGACCAACAACAUGAAUUAUUUUGAUGAAGUUGGUUGUGUAAAUUUUUGUAAACAACAGUUGUUUCCUGUUCUGUUGUUGCAGCUGUUAUUUACCCAUGCACAUGUAAUUAUACAGUAGUGGCGCUGUGCAAUUUGUAUCCAUUUCAUCUUUUUAGACUAUUAAGACCAUGCUUUUGUUGUUCUUCAAUAAUUGUAUUUUCUUGCAAAGUAAUUGGAACUUAUAAAAUGGGUAUAUUGAAACCCUUUUAUAAAGGUUGUUUUGCUGUAGAUAUGACUAACCUUGCUGUAACUGCUCUUAGAUUUUUUGGCUGGAUGAUAAAUAAACUUACAGUUGUUGUAAGUAUGUAAUACGUCUGCUAAAGCGUGCUGAUUUUUACUUCAAAUAGCCUGCGCGACAGGGGUUAUUUUUUUUGCGUUUUUUUCAGGAGAGCGAAGGCGCGCGUUUCUGGCGCCCCUGGCUCGCUUCACGCUUUAAGAAUCCUUAAAAUCCCUUUGAUUCACGGGAGCGUUGUUUUGCCGAACACCGAGUGCCAAAUAUCUCUGAAGUUAAAUGAUUAUGCUGUUUAGAAACUGAGCGAGUCAAGUUCGUUUUUUUGGUCGUUGUUUAGGGCGAACUAAACUGGAACUUGAGCCAGAAAUAAAACAGAUAAAAACUUGACGUUUUGUAUGUUAUUCAACAUACAUUUUCAAAAGAACAUUUACCAUAGACAAGAUAAAAGAAACAUUGAUUAUACAAGAUCUUAACCCAGCC